UUCUCAUUCGCUACCAAACAACCUCGCCUUCUCCAUUGCCCAUCAUGAGGUCUUCCGUAUUGUUGGCGUCCGGCGCUGCCGCCGCUGCCGUCGCUACCGCCGAUUUGAAGCUCGUCAGCCGCGCGAUUAACACGUCUACUGGGUCCUAUCUCGCCCGUAUGGCCGAUACCCAUAUCCGUAAGGGUAUCAAGUUGGACUUUGGUUACACAAACGCCGUCAUUUACCAAGGACUCGAGUUUGCCUACGACCUCACCAAGAAUGAGUCUAUCGCAGAUGCAUACGAAAAGCAGAUGUCCAUCGUCAACGAGGACGGCACGAUCAAGGAGUACGAGUACGACUUCUACUCGCUGGAUGAGUAUCGCUUUGGAAUGAAUGCUCUCUGGUGGUACAACAGGACUGGUGAGGAAAAGUACAAGCUCGCCGCCGACGGUAUCCGUGGCAUGCUUGACAGGCACCCGCGCACGCCAUCCGGUGGAUUCUGGCACAGAGCCCCGAUCUACGAGAACCAGAUGUGGCUCGACGGAAUAUUCAUGGCCGAUUCUUUCUACGCCAAGUACACAAGCCUGUACGACAACGAUAACACCACAGCCUGGGACGACAUCACCCGGCAGUUCGACAACAUCGAGAAGUACACCCGCAACCACACAACCAACCUACUUGUCCACGGGUACGACGAGUCGAAAAAGGCCAUCUGGGCCGAUCCAAAGACGGGUGCCGCCCCCUUGGUGUGGAGCCGUGCCGUCGGAUGGUACAUGGUGUCCCUGCUCGAGACCAUCCCGCUGAUCCCCGAGUCCCACGAGGGCAAGAAAAAGCUGACAGGCUACUUUCAAUCCCUGGCUGAGGGUGUGUUGAAGGCCCAGGAUGCUGCCACCAGCGGCUGGUGGCUGAUCAUGGACUUCCCCGGCCGCAAGAAGAACUACAUCGAGUCGUCCGCCAGCGCCAUGUUUACCUACAGUCUCCUCAAGGGCGUCAGGCUUGGACUCAUCGACGCUCAGACUUACCUGGGGCCUGCCAAGAAGGCCUACCAGGCUCUGGUCGACGACUUCGUUGUCGAGAAGAGCGACGGCACUCUUGACUGGGAGGGCACCGUUCUUGUUGGCUCUCUCAACAGCAACGCUACCUUCGAGUACUACACGUCUGUUGCGCUGUCUCCCAAUGACUACAAGGGGGUUGGGCCGUUCAUGUACGCCUCGUACGAGAUCGAGCUCAUGUAAUCCGGCCUAAAUUGUGGGUCUUUAGGGGCAGACUGCAUGUGGGCUAUUCAAGCAUUCCUGUAUAUAUUCCGC